CUCUCUCAAACGACUGCCGUUUCUCCCUCCUCCUCUUCCUCCUUCUUCUUCUUCUUCUUCUUCUUCUGGUGAAAACGCGUCAACUUCCUAACUGUAUAUAAACCUUUAACACUCCCCAUUCCUUUCAUGUCUAAAUUGACAGAACUCACUCACACGCACUCUCGGCGACAUCACCUUCUAUUCUAAGCCAUGGCCUGGCCUCGCAGUAUUGUUGCAUUUACGUACUAUUCCCUUAUACUAUUCGUUUUGUUGGUGGGUUUCGGUUCCCGGAGCUGCUAUGGGUUCGGGUCGCAGUUCGGGUUCGGCAUCCACCACCGGUUCUCCGAUCCGGUCACGGGACUUCUGGGUGUCGAGGGGCUCCCGGAGAAAGGGAGCUUAGGGUACUACGUGGCCAUGGCACACCGAGACCACAUAAUUCGGGGCCGCCACCUCGCCUCCAGCAACGACCAGUCGUUGCCGCUUACUUUCGCCAGUGGAAACGACACCUUACUCCUCCCCUCUUUGGGAUAUUUGUAUUAUGCCAAUGUUUCCGUUGGGACGCCAAGUUUAUGGUUUUUGGUGGCAUUAGACACCGGCAGUGAUUUGCUCUGGCUACCAUGCGAUUGUAAGAAAGACGGUUGCAUUACUGACUUACAGUCAUCAUCAGGGAAGGUAAACCUUAACAUUUACAGCCCUAAUAGUUCAUCAACAAGCGGAAUAGUGUCCUGCAAGAGUCCCUUGUGCGGACAAACUCAAUGCCCUUCAGCAAGCAGUAAUUGUGCUUAUAAAGUUGCGUAUCUUUCUAGUAACACUUCAUCUACUGGGAUUUUGGUGGAGGAUGUUUUGCACUUGAUUACAGAUGAUACUCAACUAAAGGAAGUUGAUGCUACGAUUACUUUUGGUUGUGGUCAAAGUCAGACUGGUACUUUUUUGGAGGGUGGAGCACCAAACGGUCUAUUUGGGCUUGGUAUGGAGGAUGUAUCUGUUCCUAGCACCUUAGCAAGAAAUGGGCUAGCUUCAGAUUCUUUUUCCAUGUGUUUUGGACCUGAUGGGUUGGGGAGAAUCGCUUUUGGAAAUAAUGGCAGCUCAGACCAAAAAGAAACGCCAUUCAAUGUCGGGCAAUCACAUCCAACUUAUAACAUCAGCAUCACUCACAUAACUGUGGGAAAAAAUUCUUCUGAGCUGGGGUUCAGUGCAAUCUUUGACUCUGGUACAUCGUUUACAAGCCUAGCCGACCCAGCUUAUACUUUUAUUUCUGAGAGUUUCGAUUCCCAAAUUCAAGAAAAGCGGCAUGCAUCUGAUUCUCAGCUCCCCUUUGAAUAUUGUUAUACCUUGAGUUCAACUCAAAACGUCUAUAGUAUUCCUCAAGUGAAUCUGACAAUGAAAGGUGGAGCCGUGUAUUUUCUCACUAAUCCCACAGAAGGGCUCUCUAUUCAGGGUGAAAAUGUGUAUUGUCUGGCUCUUCUCAAAAGCGAAGAUAUAAACAUCAUAGGACAAAACUUCAUGGCUGGUUAUCAGAUUGUUUUUGAUCGCAAGAGAUUGGUGUUGGGUUGGAAGGACUCCAACUGUUACGAUGAUGAGAAUUCGAACACUCUAGCAGUCAGUCCAUCACACUCUCCUGCCGGUUCCCCCGCUGCCGUCAUCAACCCAGAAGCCAAAAAUAAUGGAAACAGUACUAGUUUACCUGUGCCAUCACCAUCCAAUCAUUCACCCAAGUUGAAGUUUUUUACUUACACUCUCACAAUGAUUUUUGUUUCAUUUUUUGCCAUUUUUUGAUCAAUUCUUUUUAUUUGCUGAGGCUUAUCUCGACCCCUGUAUCAUAUUCAUUGAUAUGCAUUGUAUUUCAGGUCAUUACAGCAUUUUUUUCUUCAAACAAUAAGAAUAAGCAUGUUGGCUUCUCUCUUUUUACCCUUUUUAUUUUUUUUAUUUUUUCCUGUGUGUU